UUAAUUCCUCCAAGAAAUAUAUGACAAAGAUGAAUACACUAUCAUAUAUAUAUAUAUAUAUAUAUAUACCUUCUCCUUAUCAGAGAGUUGAAGCAGAGAGAUGAUGGAGAACUCAUUGUCUCUCUUAACCAUAAUGCUCCUCAUCUCCUGCUUUCUUACUGCUCUGGUUUCUCCAGCUCCUCCCUAUUAUCUCUCAAGAAGGUCUUCUCUUGUAGUGGAGCAAGAUUCAGAUAUCCUAAUUUCACCAGGCAAGACAUUCUCAUGUGGUUUUUAUAGAGUUGGACUCAAUGCCUACACCUUCUCCAUCUGGUUCACCAACUCGGCCAACAAGACCAUCACCUGGACAGCCAACCGUGAUGACCCGGUGAACGGGCACGGUUCCAGAAUGAGGUUGCAGAAGGAUGGAGCCUUGGUGCUAACCGAUAUCGAUGGCAGGGUUGUAUGGGCCACCGACACCAGCUCAACUCAAGCCAACCAAGUUCAGCUCCUUGAAACUGGGAAUCUUGUCAUCAAUGACACCAGUGGUAACAUUCUAUGGCAGAGCUUUGAUUCACCUACUGACACUCUCCUACCUACACAAUCCAUCAAGAAAAAUAAAAAGCUUGUGGCAAACAUGGCUCGAGGAUCAGUGUCAUCAGGAUACUAUAACUUAUAUUUUGACAAUGAUAAUGUCAUGAAGAUCAUGUAUGAUGGCCCGGAGGUUUCUAGCAUAUACUGGCCUGCUCCAAGUACCUCCUCUAUCACUAAUAGGUACUUCUACAAUAGCAGCAGAUAUGGUGUUCUUAAUACAAACGGAACAUUUAUAGCCACUGAUGGGCUGGUGCUCACUGCUUCUGACGCUGGUGAAGGGAUUAGAAGAAAAUUAACUCUGGAUUAUGAUGGUAAUCUCAGGCUUUACAGUCUGAAUGAGUUGACUGGUACGUGGUCUGUAUCAUGGCAUGCUCUUCCAAAUCUAUGUCUGGCUGAUGGGCUGUGUGGCAGGAAUGGUAUUUGUGUUUCUCAUACUCAGAAAGCCAUGUGUGCAUGUCCUUCUGGUUAUGAAAUGGAGGACCCUGGUGAUUGGGGUAAAGGUUGCAAGCCCAAGUUCAGCAUCAACUGUAAUGGAGGGCAUUCUCAACAGUUGACAUUUCUUGAGCUUCCUACAACUAGUUUCUGGGGGUCCGAUUUCAUGUUUGAUAAUUCAGUUUCACUGCAAGCCUGCAAGGACAAGUGUCUGGCUACUUGUUCUUGUGUGGCUUUUGAAUAUUGGAUGGGUGGUGGCACCUGUUAUUUCAAGAAUGGGCUCUUCAAUGGGAGAAGUCAACCAGACCAUCCAGGCACCAUGUACAUUAAAGUCCCUCUGAAUGUCAUCAACUCCUCUGAUCACUUGUCCAGAUCACCUGGCCAGUAUACCCAUGAACUGAUAUGUAAUGUUAAUAAUGAUGUGAAAACUAGUUAUUUGAGAAUUAACAGGGGAGGGACUUCCAAAUGGUCCUAUUUCUACUGGUUCGUGUCAGCAUUUGGGGUGAUUGAAGUCUUGUUCAUUUCCUUCGGAUGGUGGUUCAUAUACAAGAGAAAGAAGAAACCAACAGCAAUUGAGGAAGGCUAUAGACUGAUCGCCAAACAAUUCAAGAGGUUCACAUACAGUGAGCUAAAAAUGGCUACAGAGAACUUCAAGGAUAAGCUUGAAGAAAGAGGAGGAGGCUCAAGAACUGUAUACAAAGGGAUGCUGGAUGAUAUGAGAGUAGUGGAAGUUGAGAAGCUGGAUGAUGUAAUUCAAGCAGAAGAUUUCUGGGCUGAAGUGAGAGUGAUAGCCAGAAUAUAUCACAUGAAUCUUGCUAGAAUCUGGGGGUUCUGCUCUGAAGGUUCACACAUGUUCUUGGUUUCAGAGUACAUGGAAAAUGGUUCAUUGGACAAGCACCUCUUCUCUGAACACAACAACAACAACAACAACAACAACAACAACUUGUUUGGAUGGAGCAAAAGAUUUCAGGUUGCAGUAGGGGUUGCAAAAGGGCUGGCUUAUCUCCACCAUCAGUGUCUCGAGUGGGUGAUUCAUUGUGAUGUGAAACCGGAGAACAUACUCUUAGACAGUGAUUUCGAGCCCAAACUAACAGAUUUUGGGCUGGCAAAGCUGGUGAAGAGAGAUGGAAUCCGUUCAAUGGUUUCAAAGAUCAGAGGUACCAGGGGAUACAUUGCACCUGAAUGGGCUUCUAGUCUUCCCAUUACUGCAAAGGUAGAUGUAUAUAGCUAUGGAGUUGUGCUCUUAGAGUUGGUGAUGGGAAGAAGGGUGUCCUUUAAUUGCUGCAAUGUAGAUGAUGAGGAGCUGGAGCUGGAGCUGUUGGGUUUGGUUAAGGUGUUGAAAGAGAAGCAAGGAAAUGGAGAAGAUGCAUGGAUUGAUGGAUUGGUUGAUGAUAAACUGAUGAAUGGGCAGAUGAACCAGAGGAGGCAAGCUGCAGCCAUGGUGAGGAUAGCACUCUGUUGCUUGGAGGAGGACAGAACCAAAAGGCCGACAAUGAACUCCGUACUCGAGAUGCUCACUUCACUUGAUGAUGAAGAUGAAUCUUAAAUCUUCCGAUUUUUGUACUGCCAGCGAAUUGCUCCACAGUGUACUUAAUUUAGAUUUACUACUAUAUAUUGCCAUGUAUUUUUUUGUUUAAUCAAUUCAAGUUUGGAU